AUGCCAAUUCCCACUGUACGUCUCGCUUCCGGCCUCGAACUGCCCCGCCUUGCCUUCGGCACCGGUACCGCUCUGUACAACUCGGAUGCCGCCAAGCAGGUGACAAUGGCUCUCGAUAGUGGCUUUCGCUUCAUCGACGGAGCCGAGGUUUACGCCAAUGAAGCAUCUAUGGGCGCAGGCAUCGAGUCGUUCCUCGCAUCGUCCGGUCUCAAGCGUAACGACAUCUACGUACUCACCAAGGUGGGCAAGGAAGGCAUGAAGGACCUGCAAUCCGCCAUCAAGGUGGAGCUUCAGAAGCUCAAGGUAGACCAACUUGAUUCAUACCUGCUCCAUCUGCCUCCGCGUGGCCAGGAUGGCCUCCCGAGCAAUGUAGAUGCCUGGAAGGAGCUCGAGAAGAUCAAGCAGGCGGGAUUGACCAAGAGCAUCGGCGUGAGCAACUGGUUGGCCAGCGAUAUUCAGCAGCUGCUCGAUGCGGGAUUGAGCGUACCUGACAUCAACCAGAUCGAAUUCCACCCAUACGUGUACUCGCACGAAGAGUACACAAAGCUCCUCGCGCUCCAGAAGAAGCACGGCAUUGUCACUAUGACCUACUCGGCCUUGGCCCCCUUUUACAAAUCCGCUCUUCCUGAAGAUGGACCACUGAACAAGGCGCUGACCGCGAUCGCUGCCAAGAACGACAAGCGCACCACUGCAAACGUCCUUCUUCGCUGGGCCUUGCAGCGAUCUGAGGGAAUCAUCACAACCACCACAAGCAAAGAAUCACGUGCUAAGGAGUACCUCGACCAACUAGACUCAAACAACGAUGCCCAGUUGAAGCUCAGCGAGGACGAGUUGCAAGAGAUUGACCAAGCCGGUAAAGCUCAUGGAGUUGAGAAGUUCUACAUGGCUCCUUAUCUCAAGCCUUAG